ACAGCUGUCCUGAGCUCAAGCAUGGCUCUGAGGGUAGAUGAUCAGUACUGAAGACCAACCUGGCUCCAACAGCUUCAGAAGGACUCCAGCCCCCCAAGACCCCUCUGCUUCCCACACAAUGGGAGCCUGGGCACUGGGGGCCCGGUCAUGAGGGACUGCUGCUCCUCCCCAAAGGCCAUCCCUGCACCCCCAAAGCAUACCCUUGACCAAAGCCUAGGCAUGGACUCCAGACACAGCGGUCCCAGUGGGGCUGGGGAAGGGGCCUCCUGCUCUGAGAGCCCCGCUGGGAACUUAGCCUGCUCCUCUCCUCCCUGCACUCCUCUGCCAGAGACAGUGAGAGGACAUGGAGCCUUGAUCUCAGGAGCCUCUGAAACAGCUUUGUUUGGGAAGCCAGAGCCUGUGUCCUCAGCAGAAGCUGCUCCUACCACCCCAGAGAACAGAAAUCCUGUGUUCUUAGAAAAGAUGGAUUCCAACUCCUUGAAGCAGGCAGAUUCUACUUCCACAGGAAGGGAAGAGGCUGGGUCCUUGAGGAAGGAAGAAUCCGUGUUGAUGGGAAAGGCAGAGCCUGAAAUCUGUGGAAAGGGGGAGCCUGGAACUGUUGGAAGGAUGGAUUGUGCAACUCCAAGGAAGGAGGAUUCCGGGUCCUUGGGAAGAGUAGAUCCAAUGUACUCCAGUAUGGUGGAUACAGCGUCUCCAGGAGGGGAAGAGCCUGUGUCUGUAAGAAAGGGAGAGCCUGUAUCCUCAGGCAAAGUGGAGCCAAGAAAGGAGGAUCCCACAUAUUCCAAAGGAGAGCACCCUGGGUCUGCAGCAAAGGGAGAUCUUGUGUCUUUGGAGAAAAAAGAUAUGGACCCUCCAGAAAAGGCAGACCCUGCAUCCACUAAAAAGGCAGAUCCUGGAUUCUCAGGAAAGAUAACUCCAGGGUCAUCAAGCAAGACAGAACUUGUAUCCUCAGGAACAGUGACUCCUGGGACCAAAAAGGUGAAUCCUGUAUGUUUGGGGAUGGCGAAUCCUGCAGCUGUGGGAAAUACAGAAACUUUGUCCUCAGCAAAAGAGGACCCUCCCUCCUCAAGAGAGGGUGGGCCUGUGUCUACGAGAAUGACAGAAGCAAUAUCGGCUGGACAGCCGGGAGGUGUACUUCCGGCAAAGACAGAUGCAGCAUCUGUGAACAGUCCAGGACCUCCAGGCAGUGCGGACCCAGUUUCCUUAAAAAAUGUGGAACUUGUGUCCCCAGUGAAACCAGAACUCCUGUCUUCUGGGCAGGCAGAACGCGUGUCGUUGGUGAAGACAGAAACCCUAUCCUCAGGAAGAGAGGACACAAAGUCUUCUAGAAGGGCAGAUCACACAACAGUCACAGGAAACAUAAAAACAUCUCAAAAAGGGAAUCCUGAGUCUUCAGGAAAGACAGACCCCGUGUCUUCAAGUUCAGGAGAAGCCAAGUCUCUGGGGACGUGGGGGUCCCUGUCUGCUGCAAAAGCUGAGACAGCGGCCGAGAGGAAAGGAGACCCACAGUCCUUGGAGAAGGCAAGUCCCACAGCCUCAGAGAAGGCUGGGCCCCUCACUUCCAGCAAGGUGGGCUCUGCAAGCCAGGGAAAGGCAGAAACUGUUCUCUCUAAAGAAGCCGACUCCACGACAUUAGGAAAAGUGGUCCCAACGGCUUCAGGAAAACUAGCUAUGGUGUCCCCAGGAAAGGCGGAUCUCAUGGCCUCGGAAAGAGCAGAAGGCAAUCCAGAGGCCAAGGCUCCAGAAAAGAGGAAUCCUGUGAACUCCACCAGGGUCUCAGGGAGUGCUGAGCCCAAGUCUGGGGUCAAGGUGGUAACCCAGCUUCCAGGUACCACAUCCCCGGGAAACGUGGAGGUGCCAACUUUGCCAAAAGAGCAGCCACAGGUGUGUGGGAAGAUGGAUCCCUCGGGAAAAGUCGACCCCCCUGCGUCUGUGGAACCUGUGUCCCUAGGGAAGGCUGACUCCUCAUCUCCAUCUCCUAGAAAAGCAGAGUCUCAAACCUCGGCUGAGACCACACCUCUGCCUCUGGAGAAGGCCAAGGCCCCUUUCAGGCCAUCCAAUGGUACAGCCUGCAGUUCAGCCCAGCCUCUGGGAGAUGCCCGGAGCCCCGGGGUCCUGCCAGAGCCAGCGCCCUGUGCCAGCACCAGCCAGAAAGACCUAGCGGCAGCUGCGGCUCAGAAAAGCCCCCGCGCGGAGGGUGCAGCGCCCCCAACAGGGCCACGGACUCGCGACAACUUCACCAAGGCGCCAUCGUGGGACGCGGGAGCGCCACCGCCCCGCGAGGACGCGGGCACACAGGCCGGCGCUCAGUCCUGCGUCUCGGUGGCGUUGAGCCCCAUGUCCCCGCAGGACGGCGCGGCCGGCCCGGCCUUCAGCUUCCAGGCGGCACCGCGCGAGCCCAGCCCCUCGCCCGGGCCACCGUCGCGCCGGGACGCGGGCCUGCAGGUGUCGCUGGGAGCAGCCGAGACACGCUCCGUGGCCACCGGGCCAAUGACUCCGCAGACCGCGGCACCGCCCGCCGCGCCGCCCGCCUUCCCAGAGGUGCGGGUCCGGCCCGGCUCGGUGUUGGCGGCUGCCAUGGCACCCCAGGAGGCGGCUGAGCCGGUGCGCGACGUGAGCUGGGACGAGAAGGGCAUGACGUGGGAGGUGUACGGCGCCUCCAUGGAAGUGGAGGUGCUGGGCAUGGCCAUUCAGAAGCAUUUGGAGCGCCAGAUAGAGGAGCACGGCCGCCAAGGGGCGCCGGCGCCUCCGCCCGCCGUCCGCGCGGGCACAGGCCGUGCAGGCUCCGUGCGCACCGCGCCCGCCGAGGGCGCCGCCAAGCGCCCGCCUGGUCUCUUCCGCGCGCUGCUGCAGAGUGUGCGCCGGCCGCGAUGCUGCUCGCGGGCGGGACCCACGGCCGAGUGAUCGGUCCCCAUUUUUGUAGCCCCGGGUUUCCAACCUUCUCAGGCUCCCUUCUUGAUAGCAAGCCCUUGAGAGCUACGCCCCACCCCCAACCCCCUGCGUUCAGGCCUCCGAGGAGUGGGCAGCCUUUAGGGGCUUCUUUUCCAGUCCCUUCCUUCCCAAACACUGACGAAACCCCCUUUCCCAGUCUCUUUGCGACCACGAGCCCACACAUCUGGCCCUUGACAAUCCCGCCCCGGUGCCCUCACAGCCUUUCGCUCCACUCCCUCAGGUAGUACAGGGAGAGCACAGGUGCCUGCUCCCAUCCCUCCACCCUAGAACUGAGGCAGGCUCCUGAGAUGGCCAGACUGGUGCUUUGAGGCCUCCAGGCGGCCCAGGUCCCUAGAACUGGGAAAGGUAGCAUGCAGAUCUCCAAGUGUUCCUCCGCGUGUGCCAGGACUGGUGCGAGGCCACCAGAAAAGCAGACUCUGAAUGGGAGGCUGGGGCGGGGGAGGGGGGCGUGAGUCUGAGCAGUGAGGGGUCUCCACAUGGUGCUGGCCCCACGGCCAGGGUGUCUCUUGCAUGCUGUUGGUAGUCCUAACCCCACUCCUGUCUCUCCCCACCAAGACCCCCUAGCCCUGUUUCCCCUCCUACCCAGUCACUAUGCACAUUCCCCAUAGAGGCCAAAGGCUAGGAGAGCCCUGGGGCUCAGCUGAGAAGGGAGAGUCGUGGAAAGAUCAGAGGGUCUUACACACCCAAGGUCAUAGGGAGGCUCCUAGAAGGUCUCAGGCCACUGGGUGUCUGGGUGACAGCUGGUCUUGGGUAUCAGGGACAGGAUGGAGAGCUCAUUUGACAUCUGCAGUUGUCUUUUAAAGGUCUCUCUCUUAUCUGCCACCUUUCCCCCCACAAUGCUGUGAGCCUCAAGUUCCUUGUAACCACCCAGCGCCCUGGUCCCUUUCCCUCGAGCCUCAGUUUUUGGCUACUAACUGUCACAGUAUACAUUGGUAAUAAAACCUCUCCCCAACUCUC